AUGACAUCUUCCUCUUUCUCCUCGUGCGCGUCGUGCUUCCUCCAAAAUCAUCAGGGAGUGGGUGGUGGUCGUUGUUCUCGACGCACAAGUCGUCAAAGUCGUCCUUCUUCUUCUUCUUCUCGUCGUCAAAGAAGAGUUUUGUUUCUCCGCGUUUGUGCUGCGCAACGGACAUCGGGAAACGAUGAUGAUUUAGAUGAAGAUGAAGAUGCGACGAAGACGAAGCAACAACACCAACGAAACGAAAAGAAACCGAAGAAAAACAUCGCCGUGUUCAUCUCCGGCGGAGGGUCGAACAUGCGAGCAGUUCACGCCGCGUGCGAAACCGGGGAAAUUCACGGACAAAUAUCCCUCGUCGUGACCUCUUCGUAUAAUGCAGGCGGCGUCGAGUGGGCGAUGGACAGAGACGUGCCGGUGUUGCUCUACCCGGGCGGGAAGGAUUUAGAGGAGUCGGAACGAAUAUCCCCGUCCGAAUUGAACGAGUUUCUCAAAAACGAAUAUAAAAUCGACGUGGUCUUAUUAGCCGGGUAUUUAAGACUGAUCCCGCCGGAACUGUGCCGAACGUUCGAGAAUAAGAUGUUAAACAUCCACCCGGCGCUCUUACCGGCGUUUGGCGGUCGCGGCAUGCACGGCGCGAAAGUCCACGAAGCCGUGGUCAAUUCUGGAGCACGCUUUACCGGUCCAACCGUUCAUUUCGUCAACGAAAACUUCGACGAAGGUAAAAUCGUCGCCCAGAGAAUCAUAGGGAUCGAUCCGAGUUGGACCGCGGAGGAGGUCGCUCGCCGCGUGUUAAAGGAAGAACACGAGGUGUUCCCCGAAGUCGUCGCCGCGCUCUGCGACGAUAGAAUAGAGUUUCGAGAAACGGACGGGGUUGGUGUUAUCAUCGAUAAGAUGGAUUCGAACAAACGGUAUUGA